AUGGAAGCCGCACGUCGCACUGUGUAUGGCGUCAACAUGCUGCCCCAAACAACUGACUUUGGCGUCACUCCUGACGAAGCCCGCGCCCUGCACAAGAAGCAGCAUGAGAGCGACUCUAAGAUGGUAUGUCUCGGUCUUUCCGGUGGUUGCAUGAUGUUGUCACCUGUCCUUUGGCAGCUACGAUUUCAUGUAAUCGCCGGGAAGGCCGAAUACAUCAUCGACUUCUUUCAACCCCGUGGCAUAAGAUCUAAGGGUAAAAAUGCCACCGUGUUCUACCCCCAAGGUAGUCCUACAGUCGCUUCUGCUCAAUCGCAAGCAGCGGCUGAGGACGCUGCCAUCCAGGAGGAAGAUGGCAUCUUUGAUGGCGGCCCUACCAAGGACUUCGGCACCACUGGUCACGACAACCCGGGCAACCUCAUCUAA